AAAGAAAAGUCAAUAAGAUCACGGGUUCACACAUGCGUGUCCGCUAGAAAAGCCUCAGACUCUUACCACUCUUUCUCUCUCUAUGUCUCGAAACCGAAGUGCCUCAAAGUUAGCUCCUUUUCCACUCUGAAUCACUCUAUUUAUAUUGGGUCUUUCCUCUGGUUCCUUCUGAGUUUUUGGGUUUGAAUUGAGUUGGGAAGAGGUCAUAGAUACAAGAUAUGUCUGGUGUUGAGUCUGACCACAACAACAUCAAAGGGGUACCAACUCAUGGUGGACGCUACAUUCAGUACAAUAUCUAUGGCAACCUCUUCGAAGUUUCCAGAAAGUAUGUCCCUCCUAUUCGCCCUGUGGGUAGAGGUGCUUAUGGUAUUGUUUGUGCUGCUGUAAAUGCGGAGACAGGAGAGGAAGUUGCCAUUAAGAAGGUUGGCAAUGCAUUUGACAACAGAAUAGAUGCCAAGAGGACCUUGCGAGAAAUUAAACUUCUUCGGCACAUGGAUCAUGCAAACAUUAUGUCCAUUAGAGAUAUUAUACGACCUCCUCAGAAGGAAAACUUCAAUGAUGUAUACCUUGUUUCCGAGUUAAUGGACACAGAUCUCCAUCAAAUAAUACGUUCCAAUCAACCACUGACUGAUGAUCAUUGUCGGUAUUUUCUGUAUCAAUUGCUUCGAGGACUCAAAUAUGUACAUUCAGCAAAUGUUUUGCACCGUGAUCUAAAGCCUAGCAAUUUGCUAUUGAAUGCCAAUUGUGACCUUAAGAUUGCCGAUUUUGGCCUUGCUAGAACUACAUCUGAAACUGAUUUUAUGACCGAGUAUGUGGUCACUCGAUGGUAUCGAGCUCCCGAGUUACUUCUUAAUUGUUCGGAAUAUACCGCAGCCAUUGAUAUAUGGUCUGUUGGUUGCAUACUUGGAGAAAUCAUAACAAGACAACCACUCUUUCCUGGCAAAGAUUAUGUUCAUCAGCUGAGACUAGUCACAGAGCUGAUUGGUUCACCCGAUGAUGCUAGCCUUGGAUUUCUACGAAGUGAUAAUGCUCGUAGAUAUGUAAAACAGCUUCCUCAGUAUCCAAAGCAAAACUUUUCUGCUAGAUUUCCCAUCAUGUCUCCUGGUGCUGUUGAUUUGCUAGAGAAGAUGCUUAUCUUUGAUCCUAACAGGCGUAUUACAGUUGAUGAGGCAUUGAGCCACCCAUACAUGGCACCUCUCCACGACAUCAAUGAGGAACCUGUUUGCACUAGACCCUUCAGUUUUGACUUUGAGCAACCGUCAUUCACUGAAGAAGAUAUCAAGGAACUCAUCUGGAGAGAAUCUGUGAAGUUCAAUCCUCUUCCACCAGUCUACUGAGAUUUUGUUUUUAUGUUGUAUAUGCUUAGUGAAGUACCUGAUAACUAAUAUACGUUAUGACACUACUUUGGCAAGUAGCAGAGCACCACAGAACAUGAAACAUAUUGGACAUAUCUGAGGUUGUUAUGAGGUUUCUUUCAUUUCAGUCUCAUCUCAGAUUCUUGGAUAAUCAUAUUGUUGUGAUGUACUGAGGAAAGGAUCAGAAGAUGUGCAGCUUUACUCAGUUUUUCAGCUGAAUAUUCUUGAGCUCCAACUCCUUGUUGCACUUCUAUCCUUCAGUUUAGACUCGAGGACGACGCACUGAAUUCAUCUUGCCAGUUUUUUCAUCAUUUACACCAUGAUAAAUACAUAACUUUUCAUUUGUGUGGACAGAGAUUAUCCCAUAUUCCCAUUGUAUGACAUAAAAUGUAAUGGUUUGUUUAUUAGUAUUCGAAUAAUUUAAAAAAUUUCUUAAGUCA